AUGAAAAGUAUCGUGGAUGUUUUGGAAACUCUUGUCAAUAACGACCAAGUCUCGCCAAGUCAACGAGCAUUAUUUAAUAUGACAUAUAAAUUUGUGACGAAUAUCAAAUCUCUUUGGGAAGAAGGGAACACCGAAAAUUACAGCGUGUCGAUACGAGAUAAUCCAAACGAGAUGAUGGGUCAAAUGAAAUUUCUAAAUAAUAUGUUAUUAUCAUUCGUACCCUCUCACCCACACCUUCAAGAUUGGCCAUUGACGAUUACCUGUUAUCAAGAUAUCAUAUCUUUAAAAUAUCUACCACCGAAUUCUCUAGAAUUGUUACAAGCUUAUAUGAGCAUUGGCUUGACAUUUAACCACCAGUCGUGGAAAUUAUUCAAAAAUCGACACAAUAGGCAAUACAAUUCACUCGAUGAAGAACAACGUCGACGAAAUAUCUGGGAAGAAAACGUUCAAAUGAUCCAAAAACACAACUUAGAAGCUGAUCUAGGUGUUCACACAUUCACGAUGAAAGUCAAUCAAUUUGCUGAUCUAACACAUGAAGAGUUUAUCAAGCAAAUGACAGGAUUGCGAAUCAAUUCGGAAACGAAACCAAGUCAAAAAGUUCACAUUUCAUCAAAUAGAAAACUCCCAACAACUGUUGAUUGGCGUAAAAACGGAUAUGUGACACCUGUCAAAGAUCAAAAACAAUGUGGAUCAUGUUGGGCAUUUUCAACUACCGGUACUCUCGAAGGUCAAGUAGCUAAGAAGACUCAAAAACUCAUUGCAUUGUCUGAACAGCAACUUGUCGAUUGUACAACAGAUUACGGAAAUAUGGGUUGCAAUGGCGGUUUGAUGGAUAAUUCAUAUAAAUACUUGUUAGAUCAUCAUGGUAUUGAGUCAAAUGCAAGUUAUCCAUAUACAGGCGUAUUUGGAGAAUGUCGAUACAAUCCUAAAGAUGUUGUAGCUAAUGUGACUAGUUACGUUGAUAUCAAGGCUGGAUCAGAAGCUGAUCUUGAAGAUGCUCUUGCUACCGUUGGGCCAAUAGCAGUUGCAAUGGAUGCAAGUCAUUCGUCAUUUCAGUUUUAUACAUCAGGUGUUUAUUCUGAUCCAGAAUGUUCGCCAACACUCAUAGAUUUUUCACUUUUGGCUGUUGGUUAUGGAGUGACAUCCGACAAUCACGAAUAUUAUAUUUUGAAAAACCAAUGGACUACGGAAUGGGGUAUGGAAGGUUAUGUUUUAAUGGCGCGAAACAAAAACAACCAAUGUGGCAUAGCAUCGUUGGCUAGUUAUGCAUUGAUUUAA